UCUGGUUAUCACAAGUCAGACACAAAGACAAUUCAAAGUGAUUUACAUAAGCAUAGCUAAACAUAACGUUACAAAGCAAAUAAAAGAGAAUAUACAACAGGUCAGGAAAAAAAGUGAGUUUAAUGCUAAGUAGGUUAUUAUACUAAAGCGUUAUUGUGUAGUAUAGCUGCGCAAAACUAUGCUACAUUAUAUAAUAUUGGAUAGUGUAAUUUACAAUUCUGCAUACUAUUUUAAGGAGAAAAAUGUAGUAAAGUAGUAGCAUCUAAUGUAACUGAAAAUACCAAAAGGCUAACGUUAUCAAGUUGACAGUCCAAAAGCGUAACUACGUCCGAGAGGUGGACACCAACGUAAAUUACUACCCGCGGCCAUUGGUCGAGGCGUUGACAUUAAAGUAAGUUGAAGACUCAAGAGCAGGCCCACAGAGAGAGCUGCAGCUUGUUUAGAGUCCAACCCGUAUAAACACGACGAUUUAUUAAUUGACUAUUGAAAAUGUUUGUAUUUAUUUACCUAGCUAGCUAGAUGUUAACGUUAGCGUAUGCCAACGUCUUUUCAAAUGUACUAACGUUAGCUUAAAAGUUCCUCGUUCGCUAACUUUAACGUAAAGUCACGAGCUAGCUUUUGUAUUAAUUACCUACGGACCAUUUGUCCACGACUGACAGCUUGGAAUUGUGAAUAAGUUGUUUAAUGUCAGUAUUUAGCUACCAUGUUAGUUUGUUUAGGCUAAUUACAAAUACAACACGUUAGUUCAUUUUAUUAACGUCAACGUUAAUAGUUUGGACAAGUCAGCUUCCAGGGCACACCACAGUUAGAAGUCGGUUAACGUAACGUUACUGUAGUUAGUUAGCUAACUAGCUAGCUGGCUAACGUUAGCUAUAACGUUAGUCUGAUCUGGUGUAAAUAUAAGACAAGUAAUAUUUUGCCUGAUCUCCAUCACAUCUCUAGAGUGGAGAAUGGCAUCAUUUUUAUCUUGUAAAACCCUUAUAUCACCUUCGUCCAAAGAACACUGUGAUCCAGUUGGGGUGAUUUUGAGCCAAGGUGGGUGUUUGACACAUGAUCAUGGACAGAUGUUGGUACCUGAGCUGGGUCUAAUGGAGAUGUCAGAGUUUGAAUAUACACACCUUCAGCACCUUAUCCAGGCACAUAUGGAGGCACACAUUGCCCCUCCAGAUCUACCAGAUGCCAGAUCUCACCCUGCUACAGUGAUGGUUAAAGACACCACUGGAUCCACAGUGGUUUCACCCUUCACGACCACUCAAGCUAUUGACCUAUCAACUUCAACUGAUGAUCACUGUCUGGUGAUGCCAGGAGAAAAGACUCCAGCUUCUUAUGGAGAGGUCCCGGGUUUUGUGCUAGCCAGAAUCAGAGGUGAAAACAGCCCAACUGAACCACACACCAACGGCAGCACAUCUUCACAGAAGCGAUCGGCUGCUAGAGUUUGCUUGGAGAAAAGGUUUAACUCCAUGUCUGCUGACACCCCAAGACAGCAAGAUAUUCAGUCUGCAGUUCUCAGCAAUUUUUUGACGAUACUGCAGCAGUCUGCAGAGGCUCAAGAGGCAGUUAUACACCCUCAGAUGCAUAAGUGGAUGAAAGCUGACAGAGCAAACUCGUUUGAGGUUCCCAGUCCGUUUGUAGGGGGUGUAUUUAACCCAGUCACCAACAUGUGUGAACAAGUGAUUGGCCAUAUUCCUCACAUGGUUGAACCUAACAAACACCAGGGAUUAAUCAUCCCCAAGAGUUUUUCAUUUAAUUUCUGCCCAGAGAGGGAUGUUAAAGCUCACUAUACAAGUGACAGCAACUCAACAGAGGAGCAGCAGUUGAUGAACAUAGAAAAUGAUGCAGUGACAGUUGCUGCCUUCAGAAAGCAUGGUAGCACCCACAGCUCUCAAUCCAUCAAGGCUGCUUUGGCUGCCCCAGACUCUGCUGGAGAAUCAGGGAGCAGCACCAGGAAAAGAGUUCGAUCUCAUAUGUCACUUAUCCAGCGCAGGGAGAGACACAACUGUAAGGAGAGGGAACGCAGGAAGAGGAUUCGUUUGUACUGUGAUGAGCUGAACAUGCUAGUGCCAUUCUGUGAGUCGGAUACAGACAAAGUCACCACCCUGCAGUGGACCACUGCCUUCCUCAGAUACAUCAAUAAAACGUAUGGAGACACCUUCAGAGAGGAGUUUCAGAAGGCAUUCACUGAUGGGAAAGGACACUUUCUAAAAUCCAGCCCUUCUUCAUGCCAGGACCCAAUCCAACGGGAGAUGGACGAGACACUGAGCAUUCCUCUUGGGGUAGAGCAAUGACCCUAUUACUACUUCAUCCAAUACAUCAGCCAGAUAUUUAAGUACAUUUUAAUUUAAAAUUCAAGCUUGGGUUGUCCCCUGAGGUCUGGCUAUGGGUCAGGUCAAUUUGUUGUAACUUUUUAAAUGACAAAAAGUGCCCUUUCAAGAGGAACUCUGCUUCUGACUACAGAUUUAGAAAGUGGAAGGAUUCUAGUCACAGGCCAUGUGAUGCAAAAAAAUUUGCAGUUUUCUCCAGCUGCAUCUCAAAACCAUACAGCAUCAGGCUAGUGUUGGAAGCGCCAUGCCAUUUAUUCUAACGCUGAUAUAUUAUUCCCCCCCCGGAGAGCUAACAUUUGUAAAAAUGGGUAAAAAAUGUUAUAGUCCUACACAGAUGGCACUGUUUCCCUUUGAAAACAGCUGAGAUAGUGCCAUAAUGAUAAGAUUUCAACUCUUCAGCGAUCAUACAUUUAGCUAAUUUUAAUAUGUGCAGCUUUUAUAUGCUUAAUUCAAAUUUUGUUUAUUUUCACGUUUUUAAACGGAAAAAAAAUGUUCAUACAGUAUGUUCAGUUCAGUUUUCUUGUCCACAAACAUUUAUUCUUUAAUCAUAUCUGUAAGUGUAAAUGGACUUAAAUACUUGAAUUUUUCAUAAAAAUAAGUCUUGCUACCUUGACUUUCAUGGUGUCAAGCAUAUUACUCUGACAUACAGACUGUUCAUUUGAUGUGUUGAUAUGUAGAGAAGAGUAAUGUUUUACUGAAAAGUGGCUUUAUUUGUUCUUUCUUACAACAUGUCGCUGUAGCAUCUUACUGUACAUACAACAGUCACCCACAAAUAAUAAAUAGUAUUUAAGCACUGGUAGUACAUAGUGGAUGUGGUCAUUGUAGAUUUUUAAAAAACAAAAGAAGAAAAAAAUUACUUUGCUUCUAAGAUUUAGAAAUUUAUUUUACAAUGUCUGAUUUAUGCAUCCACAAGUUUCAUUUUGUUUUUGAUUCUCAAAUACAGAGAAUCAACUUUACAUGCAAUUUAAAAAAACAAACAAAGAUGCUGUAAAAAAAAAAAAAAAAAACACUAUCAAAAGUUAAAGGUUUUUGCAUUAAUCUACACAUUUUAGGGCACCUGGGUAUUUGUGUUUUUUAUUCCUUUUAUAAUACAUACACAGCUCCUUGACAGAGGCUUUUUAACUCUGUCACCUAUUUCCAUAUUUUACACUGUAAGCUUGUAUGUUGAGGUAACACCUGUGACACCUGUUAAUGGGCCAUGAUACAUGCACAUUCACUUCAGUCAAUCACUGUUGUUUUUAGUGUCAUCUGUCAGAAGGAUGUUAACCAAGGUAACGGUGGCAUGGAAACAACAUGUACAAAGUUUUAUACACAAAAGGACUCCUCAAUCAUUUUCCAGUUGUUUGCAAGUCAAGUCUUGUUAUACUGUAGUAUUUGGAGCAAUGCAGUUGUUCUCUUGGACUCUUCCGUGCCUCUGUCCACUUUAUUUUCUGAACGUCAUCUUCAGUUGCUCUGGUAUUCAUGUCACUCCUGGGAUGUUCCUCUAUUCCUCUCAAAAUAUCACAUCUGUUUGAUGUUACUCUUGCCAUCUUGUGAUACAUGUAUUUAAAUAAAGAGGACAUUUUUUUUUGUGA